CGCCGAAAAUUUAUAUAUAGAGUAUAGAUUAUUCGCGGAUUGUCGAGUUAUCUCCGUUCGUAUCAGUUUAUAUCAGCGUAAGAGGGAACAGUGACCGGCUCGCGCGCCCACGGUCGCGAGAUAUCGCUCUUGCUUCCGGCCUUUGCGUCGCGCUUAUUUAUGCGGGGCUGUCGCGAGGUCGCGUCAGAUCGUGGCCGAGCCGUGCCGAUAUUGGAGCGCGGGCAAGCGUGCACGCGGGCAUCGUUAACGUAACGGAUCCCGACCAAUCUUGACGCAGCCGCGUGAGUUGACAGGAUUCGGACAGGCGCGCGCGCGCGCGCGAUCGUGGCCGCAUCGACGUCGCCGAGGAUCGUCCGAUUAAGGUCGUCUCGUUUCUCGCCGGGGGUGCCGGGUGGUCGAUGCUCGACGAGUCGGACCUGUAGACGCGCCAGCAUGGAGAGCACGGAGCAGCCGGGCAACGAGCAGAAACCGAAAGACAGGUUAGUCGGCCUGUUGGAUCACAUCGAGGCCCACGUAGAGCAAUUGCGAAAGGAUGCCGCGAGGCUCAUGGAGGAGAAGGACGGCCUGUUGACGACCUUGGACACCCUCAGGAAUAACGACAUGCUGUUCACCCUCGAGGAGCCUGAUAGGGACGAUAUCUUGAGGUAUGCAGAUAGAUUGUCCAUGCGCUGCUCCACUGUGGACGUAUUGGUAACAGUUCAACGGGAUCAUGUUCAGCAGGAGGCGUUACAUCAGGUUAAUGGCCUGAUUGACAGCUUGGUCAUAGGUCUACGACAAGAUCCAAGUAGCACUCGGCAGCGAUGCGCAGAAUUCAUGAACGCAUGCUCUUCCCAUAGCAUAGGACAUUCCGACAAAGUUUUUGAGACCGCCAUUCUCGGCUGCACGUUGGACGAUCAAAAGCGAGUCAAGAAGAGACUGCAGGGAUUGCUCGAUUAUAUCGACAAGAUGCACAUUUUGGAGAUGACACAGUAAAUGGCACACCAAGAUUGUUUGGUAGAUCAAGUCUACAGCAUUUUCCAUACAAGUUUCGAAUGGCAAAGCUAUUCGGCGGUCUAGCUCUGUUGUAGCGAGUUAAGGGAUUUCGAAAAGAUACAUUCUUUGCGCCUUUUCUGCGCGGCUAAGUUUCUAUUUUCCUUCCACUUCGCGAAUAACUACUUUGAAUGGAACGCUUGGCUGUGUACAGAACGCACAGUGAUCGAUUGGAUUUAAUCUUGUAGCGGCGUGUUACCGAUUCUCGGCGUUUGUACGAUUCCUGAACAUAUUUUAAGACACCUAGCAUUUCAGCACUUAAAAAAAAAUUUAAAAAGAAGGUUUUGAAAGAGCGUUCGAUAACAUUUUUCAAAUCUGUACGUUUUGGAAUAAAAGAGGGAUUUCUGGAGUAUGUGUACUGCAAUUGUAGAAUUUUAGAUAUUAUGUCAAUCAUGUAAUAUUGAAAAUAUAAAGUUAAUGGGCCUCUUUACACUCUCACUCUAA